AUGGAGGAGCGACCGCCGGACGUACCGCUAAUCGUGACGCCGCCGUGCGCGGCCGUGGCGGCGGCGCUCACCUCCCGGCGCGCCGCGUCCGCGCGCAGCUCCCGCGACGAACCGCCGCCGUCCACAUGGCGCUCCUCGGUGCGUGUGCGCGACACCAGUUUCCGCGGCUCCCGCAAGAGCGUCGUACGCCUCGAACCGCCCUGUAAUGGUCUCAACGGGUUGCCCGCCAUCGGCAAGGAGGUGCUAUCUCUUGGUGCGACAGGUGGCCACAAGGGAACGACCACACCUUCCCACCCCUGUACUAUCCUCCACCAUUCUCCUUAUAAGGCCGCUUGGGAUUGGUUGAUACUAAUAUUAGUGAUAUACACAGCAAUAUUCACACCAUACGUGGCAGCAUUUCAACUAAACGAGCCGGACUUCGACAAGCGUUCUCGGGGUUUUGGCCAGGAUCCUAUUGUUAUUAUUGAUAUGAUAGUGGAUGUGACCUUCAUCAUUGACAUCCUGAUAAAUUUCCGCACCACCUACGUGAAUGUUGCUGACGAGGUGGAAUCUGAUCCAGCCAAGAUCGCCAUGCACUACUUACGUGGCUGGUUCCUCAUCGACCUAGUCGCUGCAAUUCCAUUCGACCUUCUACUCUUCGGCACCGACACCGACGAACAGGGGCUGGAAAGUGAUGAGACAACUACCCUCAUUGGUUUACUAAAAACAGCGCGACUGUUGCGUUUAGUGCGGGUUGCAAGAAAAAUUGAUAGAUAUUCUGAAUAUGGCACCGCCGUCCUCCUCCUUCUUAUGGCCACCUUUGUACUUAUUGCGCACUGGCUGGCCUGUUUAUGGUAUGCCAUCGGAAGUUGGGAAAGACCUCAGCUGCACGCUCCUAUCGGCUGGCUCGAUGCUCUAGCCAAUGAUGUGCAAGCGUCCUACGAUAAUUCCACUGGACCUUCUAUGAGGUCCCGAUACAUUACAGCUUUAUAUUUCACAUGCACUUCAUUGACCAGCGUUGGUUUUGGAAAUGUUGCACCUAAUACUGACAUGGAAAAGGGUUUUACGAUAUUUGUUAUGCUCGUCGGAUCGCUGAUGUAUGCCAGUAUAUUUGGAAAUGUUUCUGCGAUAAUUCAAAGACUGUAUUCGGGGACCGCACGGUACCACACACAAAUACUCCGAGUUCGUGAAUUUAUUCGUUUUCAUCAGAUUACGAACCCACUCCGCCAAAGACUGGAAGAGUAUUUCCAACAUGCUUGGAGCUACACAAACGGCAUCGAUACGUCUAGUGUCCUAAAAGGUUUUCCAGAAUGCCUCCAAGCUGAUAUUUGCUUACAUUUAAACAGAAACCUGUUAGCUAGCUGUGCAGCUUUUGAUGGAGCCAGUCCUGGAUGCCUGAGAGCAUUAUCGUUGCGAUUCAAGACGACGCACGCGCCUCCUGGCGAGACUUUAGUUCACAGAGGCGAUGUACUCACUUCACUGUAUUUCAUAUCUCGAGGCUCUAUUGAGAUAUUAAAAGACGAUAUUGUUAUGGCUAUCUUAGGUAAAGACGACAUCUUUGGAGAAAAUCCGUGUACGCAUAGCACAGUGGGCCGGAGCAAUUGCAGAGUGCGAGCUCUUACCUACUGCGACCUGCAUCGCGUACAUAGGGACGACCUUCUGGACGUCCUGGAGUACUACCCCGAGUUUCGUGCCACGUUUGUCAACAGUCUGGAGAUAACUUUUAACAUGAGAGAUGACGAGUUGAGUGGAAUAGAACCCAAACGGCGAAUGCGCUACGAGAAUCCAAAUGAGGCGCGGCUAUUACGAGAAGCCUACGCCCGAACAACCCGACGGCCACAUACAGAAACCUUCGCUGAUAAGGAUUCCCAAUGCAGCGACGAGGAUACAGAGUCGCCGCCCAGUAGAGGAAUUUUGGAGUUUUCUACUGACAAAGCAGGCCAGGAUGUUACCCCACUAAAUUUUAACUUUAGUAAACAGAGAUCAACGACACUUAAUUCGAUAACAGGCAUGCUUGCGCACUUUAAACGGAGCUUCCCAGACCUCUACCAUCAUAAAACACACCAGCCGCUGCAUAACAAGUACUCGCAAUCUACUCCGCAAACGUACAGAGGCCGAGGUGCUGUCAGACGUCAAUCUUCUGUUGGGCCACUGAACGACACGUCUCCUUUAACAUCAGCUGCUGCAGGGGAGGCAGCAGUUAGCACUCCAGCACAUAGUACAACCCUCCCCGUAUCCAGCCUCAGCACAAAUCCUAGCUCCUAUUACACAAAUGCGUCUCCUAGCCCGCCAACACCGGCUCCGGUCCAUGUAUCCUGUGAUGACAUUCUGGCACCAUCUGCUCAAUCCGUUGGAAGAACUCCUUCGUCUCGGUCAGCGCCACACUCAGCUAUCAACUUGCAUAUGACUGGACGACCGACAGCGCUACUCUUUAAUGGAGAUAAGGCGCAAAAUGGACAGGAUACGGUAUCCCCGCAGUACCAAAACGUUGGAUCAGCCACGGCUGCCUCUGUCACAACCAUCCUAACCAGGCUGGAGGAGCUGAGCCGUAGGGUUGCCAUGUUGGAAAAUGGGUUAACAGCUGAUGUGCGAAGAAUCCUUCAGCUGCUCCAAGCCCGAGAACUGCCACACCACAAUUCGGCACCAGCGCACACUCCAGCACAGCCUUUGCCUAAAGCCUCGCUUUCGGUGCCACAGAAUCAUGACAAUCAAUGGGAAUGGAGCUGGAAUGGAGAUCGCGAGCGCAGCAACCGCGUGCGCAGCGAACGGGCGGAGCGCACGCCGGGAGUCCAGCGCUCCGCCUCCGAACCGCACGCACCCGUUCCGCCCGCCCUUCCGCCGCCCCCGCAUUCCCACUCCUUUUACAGGUAA